CAUCAUUUAUUUCAAACAAUUUUUAGAUUUUCUCCCUCCAAGAGACUACGCAUAAUCAAUCAAAUUUGAACAACUAAAGUUAAGUUGAAACUUUAACUAUUAAUUUUUUCACAUGAUUUAUUACAUUCCGUUUUUAUUAAUUAUUAAUUAAAUUUUAUUAUCACUUUUUUAGAAAAGAUCUUUUAUCUAAGAUUUAUAUUUUAAUUAUUAAAUUACUAAAUCAUAAGCUAUUAUGUUAAAUCUAUUGAAUUUAGGUUUUUUUAAAGACUUUGUAUAAUUUCUUUUUCUUCAGUAGAAUUCAAUGAAGAAAAUCACGUCAUUAGUAUAUUGUUUGCGAUUUAGUAAUGUUUCAUUUAUUUAUUUAUUUUCAUUCUGUAAUGAAACACAAGCCAGUUGAAGCAUGGUUUCUGCCUUUCAAUACAAAAAUCUCUAGAGAAUUUUUGAUUGAUCGAAAGAAUUCUCCUAUUUAAACAACUCAGUUGAAAUUUACUGCAAUCCUAUGUGAAAAAGGAAAAUCCAAAAUGAAUUUGCGAUCUCAGAUACAGUAAAAUCGUUUUAGCCAACUAAGUAAAUCUUUUUGUAUUCCUUUAAAAGUUGAUAUAUAUUUUUUUUUAUAAAAUUCUUAACAAAGAUCUUUUUUUGAGAAAAUAAUAUAAUGUUAAGCAAGAUUUUUUUAGUUCAAUCAUCCAUUGCUUGUUUUCCUUCUCGUCUGUUGUCAAUUCAAUCUUUUCUUUUGGCCUUUCCCAUUCGCCAAUGAAUAAUCAACACAUUAAAACCUUCUUUUUCUACAACCAUAUUUUUCUCAUUGACGAGGGCAUGGCAUUUUUUUAAAAAAAUUUAAAAUUCAGCCUAUCGUUUACCAAAUCGCUUUCUUUAUCUUUCAUCCAAUUUCACUGUUUGUUGCGUGCAUAGACUUUCUUUCGUCUGUUUCAAAUUCUUUCUUUGAGAAAAAAAAAUAAUGGCGGGGGCGUUAGUGGCUGGAGCUUUUCUCUCUGCUACCCUUCAAGUUCUGUUCGACAGGAUGGCUUCUCAAGAGGUCCUGGACUUCAUUCGGGGAAAGAAACUGGAAAAGAGACUGGUGAAGAAACUGAAGCCGGCCCUGAUGUCUGUUAAAGCAGUACUGGAUGAUGCUGAGGACAAGCAGAUUACCAACCCAAGUGUGAAAGAUUGGGUUGCUGAGCUCAAAGAUGCUGUUUAUGAUACAGAUGACCUCCUCGAUGAGAUUGCUACUGAAGCUCUUCGAAGCAGGUUGGAAGCUGAGGAUGAAACCACUUCAACGAAGGUAAGUCGCUUUAUCUCUUCUCUCAAUCCUUUCAACAGUGACAUGGAUUCAAAGCUAGAAGAAAUCGUUGAGAGAAUAGAAUAUCUAGUCAAUCAAAAAGAUAUCCUCGGUUUGAAAGAAUGUAGAAGGGAAAAGUUGUUUCACAGAUCACCUGCAACUUCAUUGGUGGAUGAGUCUCGUGUUUAUGGUAGAGAUGAUGAAAAAGAAGCAAUAAUGAAGUUGUUGCAUCCAGAAAAUUCAACUGAAAAUCAGAUAGAUGUGAUUCCAAUAGUGGGUAUGGGCGGGGUUGGUAAAACCACCCUUGCCCAAUUGAUCUACAAUGACAAGAGAGUGGAGGAAUGGUUUGAUCUCAAAACAUGGGUGUGUGUUUCUGAGGAAUUUGAUGCUCUCAGGGUAACCAAAACUAUUCUAGAGGAGAUCACUUCUAGCUGUGAUAGCAGUCAGACCUUAAAUCAGCUUCAACUUAAACUAAAGGACAAGCUGUUGGGGAAGAAGUUUCUAUUUGUUUUGGACGAUGUUUGGAACGAGAAAUAUGUUGACUGGGAAGAGCUGAGAAGCCCUUUCACUUCUGGGGCACAAAACAGCAAGAUCAUUGUAACAACACGAAAUGAAAGUGUUGCAUCCAUUGUGAGGACUGUUCCAACUUAUCAUCUUGAUGUCUUAUCUGAUGAUGAUUGUUGGAUGUUAUUUGCAAAACAUGCAUUUGUUAAUACAAGCCCAAGCAUGCAUCCACAUUUGAAGGUAAUUGGUGAAGCAAUUGUCAAAAGAUGCAAAGGCCUGCCUCUAGCAGCAAAAGCACUUGGAGGUCUUCUGCGUUGUGAAUUGGACGCUGAUGAAUGGAAUAAAAUAUUAAAUAACAAUUUAUGGGACGUAACAGAUGAUAUUCUUCCACCACUACAAUUAAGUUAUUAUUAUCUUCCUUCACAUUUGAAGCGUUGCUUUGCAUAUUGUUCACUUUUUCCUAAAGAUUAUGAGUUCAGAAAGGAAGAACUCAUUCGAUUAUGGAUGGCUGAAGGACUUUUGCAGUCUUCUAAAGGAAAUGGCAAUGCGGAAGAACGAGGUAAAGAGUACUUCAAAGAUUUAACAUUGAGGUCAUUUUUCCAACAAUCAAGAGGGGAUAAAGGUUGUUUUGUCAUGCAUGACCUAAUUAGUGAUUUAGCUAAAUCUAUAUCUGGAGAAUUUUUUUGCAGAUUGGAAGGUAGUGGUGGUUCAUCUGAAAUAACUAGAAAGACUCGUCAUUUGUCCAAUGUCCAAGAAAAAUAUGAUGUGCUUAAGAAAUUUGAGACAUUAUCCAAAGCAAAAAGUUUGCGAACAUUCCUAACUUUAGAAUCAUCUACAUACUGUUAUGUUACAAGUCAGAUAAUGCAUCAUUUGAUGGUUAAAUUUAAAUGCUUACGAGUAUUUUCUUUAUCUAAAUAUGAUAAUAUCAAUGAGUUGCCUGAAGAAAUUGGUAAUUUGAAACAUUUGCGAUAUGUAAAUCUCUCUGAAACUUCAGUUAAAUGUUUGCCAAACUCUUUGAGUACAUUGUACCAUUUGCAAACAUUAAUAUUGUUUAGAUGCCUUCGCCUUGUUGAGUUGCCCAAAGAUAUGAGAAAAUUGAUCAACUUGCAACAUCUCAAUAUUCGGGAAACAAAGCUAGCUAUGAUGCCACAAGGAAUGGACAAAUUGAAUGAUCUUCGGACGUUAACGGAUUUUGUUUUAGGUAAGCAAAAUGGUUCAAGCAUUAAUGAGGUGGGAAAGCUCCAGCAUCUAUGUGGAAGACUUGCCAUUUCAGGUUUGCAAAAUGUUAUCUGUGCAAGGGAUGCCAAAGAUGCGAGUUUGAAGGAUAAGACGAACCUUAAGGAGUUGGAGUUGAAGUGGAGUAAGGACAAUGAUAUUGUUGAUGAUUCAAAGCAUGAUAGAGAAGUACUUGAACAACUGGAGCCUCAUACAAACUUGGAGCAUCUUGUCAUUAAUUUUUACCUGGGUACUAGAUUUCCGGAAUGGGUGGGGCAUUCUUCAUUCUCAAAUGUAGUAUCUAUGGAGUUAAGCAAUUGUAAAUAUUGCUUCUUCUUGCCACCCCUUGGGCAAUUAUUAUCUUUGAAAUGUCUCUCAAUUAAAGGAUUUGCGGGAGUCAUGACAGUUGGUGAUGAGUUCUAUGGGCACUAUGAUGCUUCAAGGAAACCCUUUGGAUAUCUUGAAAUUCUAAGCUUUGAGGAUAUGCCAGAGUGGGAAGAAUGGUUUUGUUGGAGAGAUGAAGCUUUCUUUCUUCUGCAAGAGCUAAGCAUAAGAAAUUGUCCCAAGCUAACCAAGUCUUUGCCCAAGCACCUCCCAUCUUUAACCAAACUUGUGAUUGAAAAUUGUGGGAAGCUUGGAGGGUUGCUUCCAAGGGCACCAAGCAUCUGCCAACUUGAGUUAGAGAGAUGUGAUGCAUUGCAAUUGGAACCAUUGCCUUGUGGACUUCGAAAGUUGCGAAUUUGCAAUUUGAAUAUCAAUGAUUCCAUAUUGAAGAAGAUGAUGCAACACUGCACUCAUCUUGAAAAGUUAACUAUGUUGUAUUGUUCUAAUCUGAGAUCCCUUCCUGAAGCUAGUCUGUCUUUCACGCUGAAGAAAUUGAAAAUAGACCGUUGUUGUGUCUUGGAUUAUUCCAAAAUCCUCUUGUAUACAUCCCUAGAAUCAUUGGAGAUAGAAGGCGUGAGGUGUCAUCCAUUAGAAUCUUUUCCAUUGGGAUCAUUCCCUAUGCUAAAACGUGUUUGUAUUAGGGAAUGUGAAGAAUUGAAGUGGAUUGGUGGAUUAGAAGGGCCUCACCACCAGCAUCUCGCAUGUCUCAAUACUUUGGAGAUAAGGUCUUGCCCUAAUUUGAUAUCUUUUCAAAUUGAGGGAUUAUCUGCCGCCAAUUUAACGAGACUUGUGCUUGACUCAUGCAUAAACUUAAAGUCAUUGCCAGAGCAUAUGCAUUCCCUGUUCCCAUCCCUUAAAUAUUUGGGAGUAAACCAUUGUCCAGAAAUAGAGUCAUUUCCUAGAGAGGGUUUGCCCUCCAAAUUAAAAGAUUUUUCUAUCUCAGGAAGUGAUAAGUUGAUUGUGGGCAUGAUGAGAAGGGAAUGGAGUUUGCAAGCACUCACUUCACUUACAAGCUUCUCAAUCUACAGUGCAAGAGAGAUAGAGUCUUUUCCGGAUGAACAUCUGUUGCCCUCUUCUCUUACUAGUCUUAAUAUAUGGGAUCUUUCAAAUCUUAAGCUUUUGAAUGGCAAGGGCUUUCAACACCUUACCUCUCUUCACAAAUUGCUUAUCGCCAGAUGUCUAAGACUCCAAUCCAUGCCGGCAAAUAAGCUCCCUGACUCUCUUUAUCGUCUAGAGAUUCACAAUUGUCCUUUGCUGAGAAAACAUUGCGAAAAGGAGAAAGGUAAAGAUUGGCCCAACAUAUCCCACAUCCCUGUCAUUUGGAUUGGCGAUGAAGUCAUUCUAUAGCAAUACUCAGCCAACCAGCAUCCUACUUCUGAGUAACUUUGCCAUCCAAAUGACUUUCUUCUUCCAUGAGUUGCCUUAGCUGUUAGCCUGGAGCUACAAGAGCCCAUUUCUCAAUCCCAGAAUUAUCUGCAUGACAGUUUUUGAUGGUUCAACAACUUUGCCCAAGCUCUGCAUACUUUAAUUCAGAGGGAUUUUUCUGGAGGAGAGACACUGAUAUGCAAGGAUUUGAAAUCACUAAAGAAAAGCUCCUCUUGUACAGUAUGAAAUCAGUGACUACCUUAUUUUCUAGUUCAUACCAAAAGCCCUGUCUUCAUUUACAUGAUUCAUUCAUCUCAAGGACUACUCAAACAACUUGGACAGCUGCUUCUGUUGAAAGAUCUCUCCAUUUGAGGGUUUUCCUGAGUAGUAACUAUGGAUCCUUACUUUCAAGGUAGGAGAUCGAGGUUGGAAGAGAAUGAAGAACUCCAUUCAAAUCAGAGUUUCUACAUUGAUUGUGAAGAUGAGGAUGAUGAUGUGAAAGUGUUUAACCGAUUUGAAGAAGAAGAUGAUGAAAAUGAAUCUGUUGCUUCUGAUUCUUCAGUUGAAAAACCAGCAGCAUAACAAACCCAAUUCUGACAACUCUUCAUGGCCUCAAAGUUAUAGGUUUUUCUCUUUUCAUGUUUUUACAUGAUUGUGCUCUGUUUUUCUCUGCUUUGUUCUGUUAACUUUGGUAAUUUAAGUGUCAUAGUCAUAGCAAUCUGGAUUGUUUUUUUUUUUUCCCUAAGAUUGUUUUAGUCAAUUAACAGGAACCAAAAUAUAGGAACUGCAAGUAAUGUCAAUAUUUUCUUUUCUCCUUUUGAGAUACAGAUGUUUAUUAGUAUCAUUACUUUGAUUUGAUGAGAAUUGUUUGUGUAUUUGGUAUAAGAGAUGGUAUAUAGAAGAGUGUCAAAAUAAUCAAGGAGAAUAUGGAUAGAUUUAAGAAGAUUUUUAGAAAGGGAAAGAAAGUGCUUAAACCAUGACUGACCCACUCAUGAUUAUGAUUGUGAUUGCGGAUUGCGGAUGAAUGUUGUGUAAAAGUUUGUAUUGAUGCUUCUCUAUGACACUUUGGCCUACAAAUCCUUCUCCAAUUUUUGAAUUAUGCCACCCGUUGAUAUUGGGAAUAUGAAUAUGGGGUCCUAAUAUAAAUGAACUAUUUAAGUUGGUUGAUGAUUUGAUUAUUAAACUAAAAUGUGCAACAAAAAGUAGCUUUCUCAAUUUGAAUUACUCAAUUUUUCUUCAUUCUGCUACUGGAACUUUCAAAUUAUAAUUUCUUCAAGCAUACAAAUAGUCACCUCCUAUCCCAUCAAGGACACAAUCUGUAAAAGUAGACAACAGAACAUCCAAUGUCUCCCAUGAUCUUCCAAUGGUGCAAACUUUUGCUAAAUGGUUAGUUUACUGGCCAUUCCCCAAAUUUUAUCCACUCAUGUCUACAAUCUGUCUUACAAAAUUUGUAACAUGCUGCAAAUUUUAUUUUCCUGUCUGUCAAUGUGACUGAAAGACUGUUUUCUUGUCUUAGCAACUUUGAUUUAGUCAUAAAUCCUUCUAAAAUGAUUGCUUAUAUUAAGAUUUUGGCUCCUUUGACCAAAACCAGAUCAUGAAAAAAUAGAUGACCACGGUGCUUCGGGAUGUCUACUUUAAUUUAGCUUUUCUAUUCACUUUGUUUAAUCCUUAAUUGUAAGUAACUGUGGUAAAUUGAACUUGACUAUAUGAAAACAUAACUGUGGUAAAUUGAACUUGACUAUAUGAAAACAUCUUUUGAAUUAAAUUAAUGAAAAUUAUCGAUCUUGCAAUAGACUAAAAGGCAUUUAAAUUUGCAUCAUCCAAUUCAAACCUUACUCUUUUGUUGGCCUUUCAUAAAAAGGGAGCAUAUCAUCACAACUCUCAACUAAAACUAGCAGUCACAUGUUAUCACCAUCACCCCUCCACACAUGGCUUGAAGUAGAACUCAGCCUUGUCUGCUACAUCCUUUAUCUUUUGCUAUGAUAGUUUCUAUUUUAUCCCUCUUUCAGCUUAUGUGGCUUGCUUAGAUAAUUUUGUAUGCUUACACAAUCAAUAUUGGUUAAAAACAGCUAAAUCUUACAUUCACUUAAAUCUGAAACCAGAUUCGAGAAAUGCAAUCCAAAUUAAUUAGUUGCAUUCCUUAGUCUUUUCCUUUUGGAUUUAUGUAGGGAUUAUUGUGAUGUGUGGACCUUGAAUCCCUUCUACCCUAUAUUCUGCUAAGGAAGGAGGAUUGUUGGGGCUUGUAAUAUUAUUCACAUUUGCGGUGCUUCCUUCUUCACUGGACUGCUCUUGCACCAAUGCCUGGAUGGCUGGAUGGUGAACCUGCACGUGAAACUUACCCUGACAUUGGAAAAAGCUGCAUUUGGUACCGUGGGUAGUAUUGCACCUUCUUUUAGUCUGAAACUUCAUUUGGAAUCUACUGCUAUAAGUUGGAGAUUGGCCCAAGUUAACCAAAUCUCUGCAGAAGCACCUCCGAUCUUUAACCAAACAUGAGAUUAAAAAUUGUGGGAAGCUUGUAGGCUUGCUUCCAAGGGCACCAAGCAUUCGCCAACUUAAUUUACAGAGAUGUGAUGGAUGCAGUUGGUGCAAUUGCCUUGUGGUGUUUGAGAGUUGCAAUUUGAAGAUUUGAAUAUCUAUGAUUCCAUGUCAGAAAUAAUUCACUCAUCUUGACAAUUUAAAGUGUUUUUAACUCUGAGAUCAGUAAUAAUUCUUUUCAAUUUUCUUGAUUGUUCAUUGAUUUUGAUAAUCCCUUCAUUCCAGAAAUAGGGAUGUUAAGGUUGCUUCGUUUCCAGCAGAUCAACAAAAUGGUUCUUUGCUUGUAGUUUCUAAAGGAAGAGUGGGCAAGGCUUCACCCAAAUCUCCACAUAUUCUUCUUGAAAAUUGACAGCUUUGUAAUCACAUGAACAAGGCUUGGACAGAAUUUCUCUAGUUCUUAAGUUGUAUUGUCAGAGUUUGAAGAUCUCAGUAACUUGCAGGACUUGGUGAAGGCUGGUAAAGGACAUAGAACAAAUCAAAGCAGGUAAGUGGCACCAUGAAAUUAUUUUUUAUUAUUUAUGAAAAUUUUGAAGGUUCUUUCUUAAGAAGUUUCAGACUAGUUUGAAGUUCAACAUGCUUUGUCAACUAGGUCAAGUCAUUAGUGCACCGGUACAAAAUUAGAUCGAAUUUUGUAACUUUUAACAAAUCCUUAUUUGACAUGAUUGCUCUACUGACACAGGCAAACGGUUGCAACUAUGGCUAACAUUGAUGCUUUUCAUUUUAGUGCUAGAAGUUAUGUUUAAUACAAGAGAAGACUCGUCCUUUAUGGGAAACAAGAAGACCUGCAACUAAUGAUCUUCAAUCAUUGUGCAUUGUAUUACAGACUGGGUCAAACUGCUAUUUGAGAUUUUAUACACUCUGAGAAUUUCAAGCGGUCUACUACCAGCUACAGCUACAAGUUGAACCUCUUUGCUGCUAGUUCUGUAUUCUUCAUUUCGAAAUUUGGCUUGUCAGAUCAACAUAGGAGAUUAUCUUACAUUGUUCAUAGACUUCAUUUUGGCGAAUGAUAAAUAGGGACAUCGAUUCCUCGGAAUCACAACCACAACCUCCGGUUCGUUCCACGCAAGCCUUUUCAAACUCAACUUCGGAACCAGCAUAAUGAACGCAAGGGAAGACAAUUGAAAUUGAAAUGCUCAUCUGGUGUAUAUAGAGAAAGGCAAAUCCUGUUCUGAGUUUUGUUUGUAGCUUUUUCAUGUUCUCAAGGCAUCCAUCCAGUAGUUCCCUUUUUCUUUCAUUGUUAAUUGCCUGUAGAACUUUUGAAUAAAUUGUAUUCCAAACUACUUGACACAGUUGGAGCUUUUAAGAAUAAUCUUAUA